AUGGAGUCAAGUGAGCCCGCAGUAGGACAGCAGUACCAGGAAAUAGAAGACGCACAGACCGUGGAGAGAACGCUUUCCAUCAAAAUAGUGUACAACUACAGCGAGAAAACCAUCUUAGUCACGAUAUCUGAAGAUAUUUUGGAAAAGAUAAAAAGAAAGGCGCACGAGCUCUUUGGGCUCUCAUGCAUCCGGCUGGAGAUAGACAGAAAGCCCGUCACAGCGCCCGAGCAGAUCUUCAACCAUCCUUCUGCAAAAAUAACUGUUGUCGGCAUAAAGAAUAAGUGCAUGCUCGAAAAAUGCAAAAAUAGAGUGAAUCCCACAUCAGAUUUGGAGUGCAAGUUCUGCUGCAAGUCCUUCUGCAUCAAACACUCGAUUCCUGAGGGGCACGCGUGCGAGAACAUUUCAGACUGUAAAGAAAAAGCGGCCCAGGAGAACCUCAAAAAGCUCCUGAGCUCUGGAAGGCCCAGCAGAUAA